AUGAUUGACACGUUUGGGAGUCAACUUCUUUGCUUCCUCGCCAGCCUUAACUUGUGCAUUUGCAUCAUAUUCAUCGCGAUAUUUACCUCCAGCAUGCCUCUCAAUCUGCGAUCAUCUCGUCGAACUCUCCUCAACAGCACCCAGCCACCAGAGCAUCCUCAGUCAGACUACCGCAUCGUCCGCUUCACACUAGAUCUUCCCAACGGCCAGACCGGCGCAGGCGAACAGCCAAUGGAGAUAUGA